UUGCAUCGACCGGGCUUGCACGCACCGACCGGCCUGGCACGGUUGCAGCCAUGGUCAAGAUCAGCUUCGAGCUCGCGGCGGUCGGCGGCAAGGCCGACAAGGCCGACAAGGCCCACCUGGCUUCCGAGCCCAACGCGGAUGCUGACAUCCUGCUGGCGCCCGCGCGGGAGGAGCAACCCCCAUGCCAGCGCCACAGGAAGGGAAUCUCCGUGGGCAUGAGCGGCAUGUGCUAUCUGUCCAUGGGGAUGGUGGUGCUGCUCAUGGGAUUGGUGUUCGCCUCUGUCUACAUCUAUCGAUACUUCUUCCUGGCACAGCUGGCCCGGGACAACUUCUUCCACUGCGGCAUGUUCUACGAGGACUCACUGUCCUCGAAGCUGCGCAUGCACAUGGAGCUGGAGGAGGACGUGAACAUUUAUCUGGAGGAAAACUAUGAGCGCAUCAAUGUGCCCGUGCCCCAGUUCGGGGGCGGGGACCCCGCAGACAUCAUCCACGACUUCCAGCGGGGUCUCACUGCCUACCAUGACAUCUCCCUGGACAAAUGCUACGUCAUUGAGCUCAACACCACCAUCGUGUUGCCCCCGAGAAACUUCUGGGAGCUUCUCAUGAAUGUGAAGAGAGGGACCUACCUGCCGCAGACGUACAUCAUCCAGGAGGAAAUGGUGGUCACUGAAUACGUCAGCGACAAGGAAUCACUGGGCUCCUUCAUCUACCACUUGUGCAACGGAAAGGACACAUACCGCCUGCGCCGCCGGGGUACCCCGAGACGCAUCACCAAGCGAGCGGCCAAGCACUGCAAUGCCAUCCGCCAUUUCGAGAACACCUUUGUGGUGGAGACCCUCAUCUGUGGGGUGGUGUGAGGGCCCCAGCCUUCCAGGCUUCCCUGUCCUCCCUCCUUUUCUCUUCCAGCCUCUCUGGCUCUCAGUCCCUGUUUAUUAGCUUGUAUCCUUACUGCUCUGGGUCCAUGUGCUGUCGCCUCGGCCCUUCCCAACCCUGCCCUUUUACUAGAGCCCGGGCCUCUCGAGGACCCCAAUACUGCUGACCUCCAGGUCUGGGGGGCCAGAGGGAGGUCCCCAGAUGUUUUCUGAUAUUAUCAUCUUGAAAUUGAGUCUCCCAGGGUCUGGCACCCCAGAUGAAAGCCCCAGGAUCCUGGUCCCCUCCCUGGUUGAGGGUACAAGGUAGGAUUUGGGGGAGAGGGGCUCAGAAAUCCCUGCACAGUUGAGAAUGUUUCCAGAGGCCAGUCUUUGACUCAUAGGUGUGAGCAGAGCAUGGAGGGGCCCAUAAGGAGCACAGGAAAGGUGGCAGUCCUUGAGGGGGGGUUCCCCAAGACUCCCAUCAGUGCCUUUAGAACCCCCCAGCAGGAACUCGGAAUUUGGGGGGUGGGGAUGAGUCUUAAGCACAAUUGUUCACCGAGUGGAACCAAAGAAGCGGGAGCCAAUCUCCCCAGGAGCACAAGGGGCAGAGGAGUCCCUGUAGCUGCACAGGAGGAGGGCUUUUCGCAGGGCACAAGGGGUGAGUUGUGGGUCCUUUUCCAAUCGAAAGUGAUAGCAUAGGGUGGGGUGGGAGAGAGACCUGGCACUGUAGGCCCCACCCCCAUACUCAGUCCCUGACCCUCCCGGAUGCCUUGUGGGUUUCUGUCCUCUGUCUCACGUUUGCAUGAUCCUUCUGCUAAUGUUGGUUCUCAGCCUGGACACUCUAGAGGAGGGAUUCAACACUCCAGGAGUUGAGUCUCUUAAAAGGCUUUAUAUUUUUUCUCAAUUAGAACUCUUUAUAGAAGUGUGUGUAGAACAAUUAAAAAUUCUUUGACUUCUGA